AUGCAAAGCCAAACCUAUGCACAGGGCACGCUGAUCUGGAUCAAGCACGAGGAGGAGGUCUGGAUCCAGGCGGAGAUCGUCACGGCCAACGAGAAGGAGAUCAUCGUGAAGACGGCAGAAGACCCGAAUAGCAGGAUCGUCUUGGGGCCUCACGAGCCCAUCUUCCUGAGGACUUCAGAUGUCUUCACUUCCGAGGGUUUGUCCGUGCUGGACGACCUGUGUCAGCUGACGCACCUGCACGAGCCGGCAGUACUCAGCUCCCUGCAAAAUCGCUUCGACAUCGAUAAGAUCUACACCUUCACGGGCCCCAUCCUCAUCGCGCUGAAUCCCUUCAAGGGCAUUCCCGGUCUCUACGAUGAGGAGGUCCUGAAAAGCUUCAUGACCACGAAGCCCUCCAGCAAGCCGCACGUCUUCAACACCUCCAACGCCACUUACCGCGGCAUCUGCGAUCGUCGGAAGAGCCAGACGGUGCUGAUCAGCGGGGAGUCUGGGGCUGGAAAGACGGAGACCACGAAGUUCGUCAUGAAGUUCCUGGCCAUGGCCGGGGCCGCGGACGGCGAAGUCACCAGCGUGGAGAAGCAAGUCUUGGAGUCGAACCCCUUGCUCGAAGCCUUUGGCAACGCCCGUACCUUGAGGAAUGACAACUCCAGUCGCUUUGGAAAGUUCAUCGAGUUGCAGUUUCGAAGCUCUGGCCAAGAUGCAUCAGCUCUGGGCGUGGCCGGCGAGAACUGUCGCCUCUGUGGCGCCCGGAUCCAGACUUAUCUCCUGGAGAAGGUGCGUGUCUGUGACCAACAAGAGGGGGAAAGAAAUUAUCACCUCUUCUACGAGGCCUGCGCAGCGGCUUCUUUGGCUGCUGCCGAUGGCUAUGCGUUCCCGCAGAGGCUGGCCAAAGAGAAGGUGAAGGAGGUGACUUUGAACCUCGAGGGCUUUGCGGAUCUGGCGAACUUCGCUUACCUGACACGAUCUUCCUGCAAGACCUUGAAGGACGUGGACGACGUGGAGAUGUUUGAGCGGCGGAUCCACGCCAUGCAGACGAUCGGGAUCCCGCACGAGGAGGUGGCGCAGAUCCUGCGGAUGGUCGCCUCGGUGCUCCACUUGGGCAACGUGAAGUUUGAUGCUCCCUCGAACAACAGCGAAGGAUCCAUGGCCAUGGCGGAGUGCGACCGCUCGGUGGAAAUGGCGAGCAAGCUUCUGGGAGUGGAUCGGAAAGCCUUGGAGUCGGCGCUCUGCAGUCAGACGCGGGUCACUCGCAGUGAGAAGAUCCGGAGCCCGGUGAACGUGCGCCAAGCCGCGGACAACCGGGACGCGCUGGCGAAGGCGGUCUACGGCAUCGUCUUCAACUUCAUCGUGCAGAGCACCAACAUGUCCAUCGGCUAUGUUGAGGACGUGAAGCUGUUCGCAGGCGUCCUGGACAUCUUUGGCUUCGAAUGCUUCAAGAUGAACUCCUUCGAACAGCUUUGCAUUAACUUCACCAACGAGCGGCUGCAGCAGUUCUUUAACUCCUUCGUCUUCAAGCUGGAGGAGCAGCUCUACGAACGAGAGGGCAUCGAAUGGGACCCACUCGACUUCCCUGACAACCAGGAUGCCGUGGACAUGCUUCAGGCAAAGGGCACCGGGGUCUUUGCGAUCCUGGACGAAGAGUGUGUGGUUCCCCAGGGCUCAGACCAGGGCUUCAACAACAAGCUGAUCAAGCAACAUCGAGGUCACAGGCGCUUCGACGAGAUCAAGACCAAGCCAUCCUGGUUCGUGAUCAAGCACUUUGCCGGCCCUGUGAGCUACUGCUCCGACGGUUUCCUUGACAAGAACAAAGAUCAGCUGAGCAACGACCUCAUUGAGUGCAUGGGGGCGAGCACCAAUGAGUUCAUCGUCAGGCUUUUCAGACAGGACGUAAAAUAUGGCGAAGUUCUGAACAAGGAGGAGUCUUCAGAGACCGGUACCGGAAAGAAAAAGAAGAAGUACACGGUUUCAUCGGAAUUCAAGGAUCAACUGGCUUCACUUAUGGACAUCGUUGAUCUGACAGAGCCCCACUUCGUGCGCUGCAUCAAACCCAAUCCGCAGAACGAGCCGGACCGCUAUGAUCGAAAGGCCGUCACGGAGCAGUUGAGAUACGGGGGUGUGCUCCAGGUGGUGCAAGUCAGCCGAGCUGGCUAUCCGGUGCGGAUCAACCACCAAGAGUGUUGGGACGACUUCAAGGUCAUCGCCUCUCCGCAGAUUGUCUCAGGGCUGAAGCACGUGGACGACUCCAAGGUCAGGGCGCAGAAGCUGCUGGAGCACUUGGCCUCAGAGCUCAACCUGCCGAAACCCCUGCAUGGCCUGCCCAUGGCGGUGGGAAAGACGCUAGUCUUCUUCAAGCUCCCAGCCUUCGAGCGGCUGAAGUUUGCACGCCUCGAGCUACUCGUCAAGUCUGCGACACAGAUCCAGGCUGCUUGGCAUCGCCGUGUUCAGAUGGGCAAGUACAAGGCAAUCUGUCUCUUCACGCGCCACAUUCAGGCGUUGUUGCGAAGCAAGCAAGCGCGAAGCGAUCUUAUGCGCCGGAAGCAAGAGGGCGCGGCCGUGAAGCUUCAAAGCCUUGGGCGCCAAUUCGUGGAACGCAGAAGAUACAGAGCUUUGAUGAGGAAGGUUGUAAAGAUCCAGGCCUGGCACAAAGGCAUCUGCGGACGGCGCUAUGCCAAGGAGUAUCGGAAGGUGGCUUCGGCCACGCGCAUCCAGCGGAACUGGAAGCGUUGGAAGACGCAGCGGGUGUACAAGCUCUUCCGCCAAGCGGUCUACGUGGCGCAGGAGCGCUUGAGGAUGCAUGCAGCGAAGACGCAGAUGAAGAAGAUGAAGCAAGAGGCCAAGGAGGUCGGCGCGCUCAUGGCCAAAAGCCAAAAAGCCCAGGAGCAAGCGACCAGUUUGCGGAAGCGGAACGAAGAGCUGGAAGCCGUCCAGUUGCAGCUGCAGUCGGAGAAGAAGAGCCUGCAAAUGCGCGUGAAAGAGCUGGAGGAGUCUUUGGAGAAGAUGAAAACGCAGAUGGACGAGGUCCGGGCCUCGGCCGAGGAGGCGGCGAAGCUGGCAGCCGACACCUCCAAGAUGGUCGUCGAGACGGAAAGCCUGAAGCAGCUCGAGCAGGCUUUGUCCGAGAAGACUUCAGAGAUCUCCCAGGUCAAGGAGGAGCUGGUGUCCAUGAAGGAGGCUUCCUCCAAGCAGCAGGAGCAGCUCCAGGAUGCGGAAAGUCGGUAUCAGAACUUGCUGAAGAGCACGGCCAUGCAGUCCAUCGGCGGCUUGCCGGGUGCUGCAGGCGCCCAGCCCAAGGCAGCGGCCAAGGCGCCGGCAGCCAGGCGACAAGGCGGUCAGCGGAACGUCUUCAUCCAAUUGGCGGGGGCCCAGUCUUCCGGCAAGACGUCUUUGUUGGAGACUCUCAUCGCCGAGCACGACCCACAGCAGUUGCCAAAGUUCAACGAGCAGAAGUCCAAUUUCAUGGCGCACCACCAGAUUCAGGUGGGAGACAAGCCCGUCAAGAUGUUGGACUGCUCGGGCAAUUCACGUGCAGCACAUUUGGUCAAGGAGCGCUUUGCCCGCUCCACGUGGGUCUUCAUCGUCUAUGACCUGUCGAAGAAGGAGUCCUUGGAGCAUGCUCUCGCUCUGACACAAGAGGUGCAUGCAGCGGGUGCAAGGCCCUUGCUUUUCGGCAACAAGUACAAUGUGGACAAAGGUGAUCCCAUUCAGGUGGAUGUUGCUGCCGCCAAAGAUGCAGCGGUACGAAACGAAGGAGCUGCGAUGGAAAGCUCCAAGCUCAUGGACGCUGUGCAGUUUGCCUUGAACAGCGAGGAGAUGCUCGACAGUCAGAUGGAGCCCAUCUCUCCGGACGGCAAACGAAGUGCCAUCAGCUCGGCCAUCGACAGCGUGAAGAGCUGGUUCGGUGGAGAGCGGGCCAAGGGCCAGGGAGUCCUCAGGCCCUCCUUGAAGGGAACGAAGGCCAUGAAGCAGGCACGAAAAGAAGGCGACCCCAACGUGGACCUGCGUCCGGUUCAGGCGCGAUGGGGGCGGAAGAAGAGUCCUCGGCUUGCUGUCUUUCCGAGCGCGCUCGUCUCCAGUCUCCAUCCAAAGACGGCCGUAAAGUCGCAACUAAACAGACCGCCACAUAAGUCGUUUUCUGAGCAAGUCCAGGCCUUUGCAAAGCUUAUCACUUAG